CGCCAGAUGAGGGGAUCGCUGCGCCGUGGAGCGCGCGCGCUGGCGGCGGUGGAGUUGCUCGUCGCCGUCUCGCUGGAGCCGCUAGCGCCGCUGGCCCGAGUCGUUAGUUCCAGUAACCUGGUUCUUCGCUGCCGCCGCCGGUGGACGACGUCGACGAGGCUUCUUUCUCGCCCGCCGACGCGGCGAGGACGCAUGCCCGCCGGGGCUUCAUCUUCCACGGCCGACUGCGUGCCGGCGGACUGCGCCGCGCGCGAACUGUACCCGGCGUCCGUUGCACCACCGGCCCAGCUGACUGGUCGCGCCUUCCUCGCGGGCCCGUCUUGUGUGUGUGUGAGCGUGUGUCUUACUCGGCAAUAGCCCAGCCACGGCUCCCCGAGACCCAAGUACCGCUACCCGUCGUUCAGCCGUGCAUCUAAAGUCUGGCCACUUCGCUUGGAUGCGUAGAUUGCCAUUCCUGUAGUAAAUUCGGUAUCUUCCGUGAGUGCUACCUCGACAUCGCGGCGAAGACAGUAUAUCCGCCGCUGACGUUGUCAUCGGUUUUGGGUCAGCGAAGCCUCGGGAGAAGCGCAUCCCGCGUCAGACACACACACACACGCCCUGGCUGCACGGAUGUUGGCACUGCCGCCGACUGCGCCGUUGGAACCGAGCGUCGUCGUCGUUCAGCGUCCCGAGGCCAGCUGACUUCCGCCGCGCAUAAAACGCCCGCGAGCGCUCGCUCUCUCUCGACGCGCGUUGUGUGUGCGUGUGCGCGCGGCGCAUGAGCUGUUUGCUGCCGUCGCUGCGACCGGCGCUCGUUGGCCCGUGCUCGAGUCCGCGUGUUGUGUGUGUGUGUCGUCGUGCUCCCUCUUGACGUGUGGUACAGAGCGGCGUCGACGCUCCCAACGGCAUCGAACGCUUAGCGUCCAAGCGUACACUGCACCGAAGACGUCGGGACUGUUAAGGUAUAGCGGCUUGACGUGCCGCAUCUGCCUGUUUGCGCUUGGCGGGCUCCGUCACCUGUUUUCUUCUUUUUUGUCGGCCGCAAAGCAGCUGACAGCCCUCGCGUCGAGUGUGGUGUAGCAAAACGGCGGCACCGUUUCUGUGUGCAUGCACACAGCCGUUGGGGUCCGCGCUGCCUCGCCUCUGUAGGACAACGAUCGAGUAGUGAAGCGGCGGCUGCUGAAAGUUUCGUACAAGUCUACGCGUACUCGCUGGCAAUGGACUCAUUGGGCGAGUGGAGCCUCAAACUACGCAGACGUACCUCAGCGAGUUGCCGCUGCCUUCCUUGACACCGUCGUCUCAGAGCUUGCAAAGCGUCGAGCCUGCUACCCUGAAGCCGUCAGUGCAAGAACGAAACUCCGCCAAUACACGCAGUCGUCUCCUCAUCUGCUAUCACGCGUUGUUGGGAGCUGUCAACCACCACCUCUCUGUCAUCGCUCUGUAGCACUCAUUUCUUCAGUGCUAACUUCUCUUGCUGGCAGACGUUGCCGCACAGAGUUGGAACAGAGCUUACACUCAGCUCAACAGCGGGUUGAAAAUCGACCGCGACAAGCAAUCUUCCUUUCCCGGAAUCGGAUGCGACGGCGAUCGGUGUCGGCUUCGGCCGCCGCUUAGGCUGUUCUCUGCGCUCCCUCUCUCGGGAAGGAGGCCGUACGAGAGCAGCGGCGAUACGGCCAGACGGUGAGGAAUGGCGGUUUUUGUUGUUCGUAUUUCUUUUUCUCGCGCGCAGCAGGAAAACUAGAAGCUUCCGUUUGCGACCGUGCGUGUGUACGUGCGUGUAGUCUAGCUCUACUGCUAUAGAUUGCCCCUUCCACAGCCACAGCCACCGCCUGGCCGACAGGCCGGAAGCGGGCGGAGAGGCGUACUCAGUGGAGAGCAACAGGCAGCUAUAGGCACGAAAGAAGAAUCCCCAAGCGCAACGGUCGUCGCGAAACGCGAUCUGCACCACCUUCUCUGCAGAGAAGAGGGACGGACCGACGAUCGGAAAGGAAGACAGCGCCGAGAGAGAAGAGCGCACCGUGCCGUAUCCCCCUUACCGGCUUGCGACCUACCGUUCUUCGGGGUUCCCUUGUCGAACCCUCUUCGUGAAAAAGAAGUAAAAACACAGUCGCCCGUUCAAGUGGCCCCCUCUCUGCAUGCAGUGGCAGCGGUGCGUGGUUUCGGCCGAGCAGUGCUUUCAGCCGUAACGUGUCGACGACGGACGACCUGUGGCGGCGGCUGGACGGACGUCGUCUCUCUCCUCUCUGCCGCCGUCGCCUCAUCGCCGUGUGAUUGAUAAGCGCGGUCGACCGCCGCCGCCGCCUAAAGUGGGCGGGUUUCGCUACGGGCGCCGCCGUGUGUGCUUGGCGCGGCGACGACGCGCGGCAUACCUUCCCACCUCACCGGUCUGUCGCGGAUACACGGUGCUCAUCGCGCUAACCACCUGCCCUAUAGCUGCGCACUGCCACACGAUCCACCGUUGCCCGAGUCCGGCCUGACGAUCGCGCACUGUAUACCGUCGCUGGUGUCAGGUGCGAGCAAGAGUCCACGGGCGCUCGACGUGCCCGCUGUUCCCAGGCUCGCUUCUCUUGCUCAGCGGAAGCGUUCCCGUGGCCACUCAGUUGGUGAUAGGUGUGAGGUGACGCCGUGUUGGCUUUUUUCGCUUCAAGGACCUCAUCGGAGUGACCAUUACUCCGCUCUGCCGCCGGGGCACCUUCUUGAAGAGAGGAACACGUCGAACUGACUUGAUCGCAGCCCGUCGGACUCACGCUGACAGUAUAUUGUCGCGAUGCCUGCCAUUCGGAUCUUAGCUCCUGUUCGUGCGGCGCUCCGCGACCUCUCUUGGCACCGAGGGCUUUAAUUGGGGAGAGCCGUUCCUGCACCUUUUCUCGGCGAGCGUGCUCUCAAAACGACAUCAAGAUUGACCGAGAAAAGUUGGACGGACAUCGGACCUUCUUUGUCUUGAAGGUCUGACCUGGAUCUAUAUUGUUCGCGCGGUCGUCGCAGCCGUCAUCGCACGUGUGCUUCCUCUGGAGGAGUAAGCCCACCUUGAAGCCCUCUUUGCGGAGACGGCGAAAUCGCUCAUUGUCCUCGAAGUGCGGCGUCGCUGCCCUGCUCUUCUUCUUCGCCGUGAAGAUCUUCAUCCCUCGAGGCAGCUCGGCGAGCGUCACAGUUUUGUGCGCCAAACCGUACGCACCCCGCGAGCACCGAGCACUGCUUGUGUGCAGCACACGCAAGCUUCAACCCUCGUCAGCCCCCGUCGCCUCCUUCACCUUGUGCCUCGGAGUACAGUUUCUCCCUUCUUUCGCUUUUUUUUUUUUUCAUUUUACAUCUUUAGCGCCACUGUUCUCGUUCUCCGCUGUGACUGUGGUAGCCGGCUCUUGCUAUACUGCCGCGAGCGCUCCUGUGCGAACCGGAGUGUGGUAACCGCGUUCCCACGGACCGCUUGUCGUAGUCGCGGCUCUGUGUUCGUGCGUGUUGUGUCGGUGCGCUUCGUGGUGAUAUGGUGACGGUGCGGUGAGCGUCCCGGCCGAAGCCAUGUCUGAGCUGGUGGCCAGGGCCGCGAAGAUCGCGGCCGGAUGCCUGACCCGCCGCUCCAAGCGCUACGAUUUGGCCAAGGUGCACGCCAGGGGAUGCAUCGCAGCCGCAGCCGCUCCUCAGCCUCAAGACACCUGGGUUACUGUACAUAAUGUUAAAAGCUGUAAUGAUGGGGGCAUCCUGGACCUUGACGACCACCUCAAUGAUGUUGUCGACGACAGAGAACAAAUCAUAGCCGUGUUUGAGGAGCAGUCAUCUCCUUGCCCAACCCACAAUGCUGGAGAUGGGACCAGCGCUAGUUCUGUGGGCACUGAGAGCCCCGACAUCUUCCACUGCAAUGAGCUGAACCACAAUGGAGGCGUCAAAGGGGGUUCCAGUUAUGUGGAUGUGGAGGAAAUUACUGCUGACAAGCUUCCAGUGGGCGUCGCUCCCCUUCAGGUCCGAAGGGGUAGUGAGCCGACGCUAAAUCGUCUUUCACCAGUUUCAUGUGAACCUGACCCCAGCAAGAGGUGGUCAGCUGCCGUUGUUGUGGAUGACCUCUCACUUACCCAUGGAGUAAAGGAGAAUGGCAGCCUGUCAGACAAUGAGCAGCAGCCUCCUCCCCCACCUGGUGAGAGGGGUGAGGGAAGUGGCGGUGAAGAAAAGUCUACUGCGGGGACGCUGUCGCGCAUUUCGCGGGGCUCUGGACGACUAUCCAUGCUGGGCAAUAACCCCCACAUGCUUCGGUGGGCAGAGGCAGCUGACCGGCAGCUCUACAAGUUUCAAGACAGCAGGAAAGAACCGCUGGGCAGUGCUGGCUCUUCCCCUGACAGGGACAGUGCUGCUUCAUCAGGGAGCAGCCAUGAGGAAAGGGACUCCAUAGUUGUACUCAAGAAUGAGGCCGGCCCAUUGGGCAUCCAUGUUGUUCCAGAACAAGGCAGUGGGGGAAGGGACAUGGGCCUGGUGAUCCAGGGCAUUGAGCCUGGUGGCCGGAUAGACCGAGAUGGCCGGCUGCGGGUCGGUGACACCAUUGUGGAAGUGAAUGGCCGGAGCCUCCUGAAUCUGAGCUUCCAGGCUGCGCAACAAGUGUUCAAGGAGGCACUGCAGUCCCCAGAAAUCUGCCUGCACCUGUCGCGGCGGAGGCCAACACAUUCAGGUUCCUCUCCUAUGUCGUCACCUCCUCCUCCUCUGCCCCUGUCACUGCCUCCAUCGUUAUCAUCAACACUAAGUGGCAGUGAUGUGGGGUCUUCUCUAACAUCCUCAACGCAAAGUCCACCCAAGCGGCCUCCCCCACCUCCAUCUUCCUUCCGCAAAGAGACAGCUGAAGGGCUCAACAACGGCUCCGUCAAUGGUCUCGUUGAGGGAGAAGAGAGGAGUGGUCUCAACAGUAAGGUGGCAACAGUGACACCAACAAAAAAGCUUCCACCGCCUCCACCUAACGCCGCUGCCAAUGGACGGUCAACCAGUUCAUGCCUGAAUGUGGCCAACACGCGUAAGAUCGGCCGCAAAGUGCACAUCAAGUUGGUCAAGGGGCCCGAAGGUUUGGGCUUCAGUGUCACGACACGGGACAACCCUGCCGGUGGGAACUGCCCCAUCUACAUCAAGAACAUCUUGCCUCGAGGAGCAGCCAUUGAUGAUGGCCGGCUAAGGCCAGGUGACCGGUUACUUGAGGUGAAUGGUGUAGAAAUGACAGGUCGGUCACAAACGGAUGCUGUCACAAUCUUGAGAAAUGCGCCACCUGGCAGCACUGUGGAACUGGUAGUCUCUAGGCAGGAACCGGAUCCUUCACCUAGCCCUGGCCUUCCACGGGAAAUUCCUCCUGAAAAGGCUGGCGAUGAAGUUGGCAUUUUCCCCUGGCGUCAAAAGGAAAUCCUGACACUUGACAUUCCACUCAACGACACGGGUUCAGCUGGUCUUGGCGUAAGUGUCAAGGGCAAGACGUCGACUGGCGCCAGCUCCCCUGUUGACCUGGGCAUCUUCGUCAAAUCGGUGAUCCACGGCGGUGCUGCGUCUAAGGAUGGGCGCUUGCGCACUAAUGAUCAGCUACUCAACAUCAAUGGGAUCUCACUCCUGGGCAUGACGAACAGCCAAGCCAUGGAGACACUACGGCGUGCCAUGACUCAAGGCGAGGGGCCUAACCCAAAUGCCAUCACCCUCACCAUAGCUCGUAGGGUGCCCUCACAAGACGUUGCUGAAAACCUCAGGUUCGAGGAGGGAUUCCUGUCCAGUGGGGACUCGUUCUCGGUGCACCUACGAUCAGACUCGCUGCUCAGCUCAGACUCAACGGCCGCCUCCUCGUCUUGUGAAAACCUCUCAGUCUCAGGGGGCAGUGGUCGCACACCAGACCACUCCACAAGUGGCAACUCUGAAAACACUGUGGUCUAUGUGCCUAAGCAGCCACCUCCACCACCUGUGCACGAAUAUGGCUAUGGAAGGAAUCCCGUGCUGGAGCGGCUUAUGGGCCAGAGUUCUGGCACAUUGCCAUCCAACCUUCGCAACGAGUCAUACCUACGUGCCAGUCAUGACAGCUGGGCGGCUGAGCGGUACAGCCGGCACCACACGGCACCUCGCACCGCACCCAACCACCGGCCCACUCCGCUGUCACCCAACACUAGCCGGGGGUCUGCAGACACGGUGCACAUAGAGGACGACUACCCAUCCUCCUUGCGGGGCGAGGACACCUCUGUUCCACCCAUGACACCGGUUGAAGAGGAAGCCCCAACACCCACUCUUGGUCACGAUAGCAACAAUCUCAAUCAGAGCGAGUUGUCCCUGGUAGACGGUGGCAUCUUCUGCCGAGACGGUUUUGGCCGGCAGAGCAUCUCUGAGAAAAGGCACGCCCACUUAGACGCUCGCAAUACGGACACUUACAAGCGUAACAAGCGGACGCGAGAAGAACAGGAAAAGGCAAAUGCUCGGCAGCAGCAGACAGAGGUCAAGAGGUCCAUUUCACCCCCAACAAUCAGCAAUGGGUCACAUCGAGAUGGAGCUGAUCCCCGGCGGCCUACAGCACUAAAUGGGAAAGAGCAGCAGAAUGGCAACCUGAUGCGGUCCAACUCGGCAGAUUCCCUCUUGAGUCAUUCCAGGUCACACGCCCCCCCUGAAUCUACAUAUCUAGUCAAAUGUCAGCAAGUGAGCAAGGUGCAUAGGAAUCCCUUGUUCUUCUAUCCAGCUUGCUGCUUUAUGGUGAAUGGCGACUCGCCAAGCACUGAUGCCAGCUGCCACACGACCAACACAACCGUGACCAAGAGCAACCACAGCGGCAGUGGCAAUGGCACAGCGCAGCUUGUCGGUCCUUCGUUGGGCAUGCGCAAGUCGAGCAGCCUCGAGAGUCUCCAGACACUCAUGGUUCAGGGGCCAGAUGGCACCAUUGUGGCUUCCACGUCACAGAAUCCACGGCAAGAGCGUGGUGCCAGAGGUUGCAAUGAGAGCUUCCGUGCGGCAGUGGAUCGUUCUUAUGAUGGACCAAGCAACACGGGGGCGCAGAAUUCUGCCGACCAGAUGGAGACACUGGAGGAGGAAAAGGAGAGUGAGACGGGCAGUGCAACAAGUGCCGAGCAUAGAGGCGGCUGCCCACUGCAUUCGGUCACAGUGCCAUUGGAUGCCCGUGAAGCUGCUGCCUAUGCCAGCAAGGAUACAGCUUCCUCUAAGCCAACACAGCGAAAGAAAGGGUUGCUCAAAGGCCUUGGCAGCGUGUUCAGUAGGUUUGGCAAGAACCGCAAGACAAUUCCAGAGCCAGGCUCCAAGCUCUCCCGGGAAGAACUUGAGCAAGAGGCAGAGCGUCUGCGAGCUAGGCAAGCAGCGCGUGAUGAGCAAGAGCGUAUUCAAGAGCAAUACAGGAAGCUGCUGGAGCAGCAGCAGCAACAGCAGCAGCAGCAAGAGCAACAGCAGCAGCAGCGACAGCAGCAGCACAUGCAGCCUUCCCACCAGCCACCAUUGCCACCCCUGCCAACGCAGCAGCAACAGCAGUAUCAGCAGCACCAGCACAAUCACUUUCAAAAUCAGAGGGGGCCUGCUCAACAUCAGCAGCCCUCACCCUCGGUAUCCUCGCCGCCACCAUGUCCAAGCAGAAGCACGCCAACCACCACAAGUGCUGCAUCACGUCAGGAGCGCAUGCAGCUGUUGCGAGCCCAGCACCAGAAGCGGCAUGUGGAGCGGCAGGGCCACUAUCCGCGUGACGACCUCGAAGAAUGGUACGAGAAAGACCUGCAACACAAGAUGAUGCGCAGCCCUGUGCCACCGCAAGGCCGUCCUCUGCCGCCUGUGCCUCAUGCCUUGCUGCCACCUGCCUAUGGCACAUGCGGCUAUGCUCAGAGGGCACUCCCUAAGGCUGUAAAAAGGACAUGUUACACUCAGAGGGGCAUACAAUCUGUAAUGUAUACAAGCUGUGUAUACUGUAAUAAACCGCUGGCUAACAGUCACAGUGUGAGACGAGAGAGUGAUGUUGUCCACUCAAGGUCACAAAGUUUUGACAUAUUUAAGGAAAUGGAACGGCCAGGAAGCCGGGUUGGACUCGUAGACCCCACCCAGUACAGCCACUAUGUUAACUUUAACGAGAUCCAGCUACACCUCCGGCAGUUCCAGCAGAAGCAGCAGCAGCAGGUCUCCUCACAGUCUCGAGAUCCCACCUGCAGCAGUUCAUCACAGCCAGUGCCUCCACCAUCAAUGUCCAAUCGGGCUCGCUCGGAACGCCCGUCAUCAAACUACUUUGAAUACGAAACUGUCCAGGGUGCUCCUCCAAAGCCUCAGAAGGAAAGGAACGGCAUGGGCCCAACAGAGUCCAAUUCCCUUCCACGACAUGCGCACGUGGCCGGGCAUCGUAUGGUGUAUGCUAAGACGGUCCCAACACAACAGACAAUGCUACCCCCCCAUAGUGCUCUUGGUAGUGGCAAUGGUGGUGUGAUGAUCAAGACUGUUCCGCGGGCUGCUCCACGGGCACACCUCCAAACGAUGGCUGGCUACAGGCAUUCGCCAAACCAUUUGUCACAGGUCUAUGGCAUCACGUCGCGUCAUGACAUUGGACAGCAGAUGCCGGGCUCCAAAGUGUGAAUGAACCAUUGCCGCGUUCUGCCUUGUUGCGUCUUCUUAAUUUUUUUUCUUUCAUUCUUGUGUUGUAUGAACACUGGGAUGCAUGUUUGUAUAGCGCUGGCAUUGAUUUCCACCAGUACCUCAAAGAUGGAACAUGUUUGUUUCAUGCACGAAGCAGUGUAGGAUGUGGUUGUUUGGACCAGAAGAGUCAUCCGUCCAAGCUUGGCACUGCUGUGGCUUGCCUUAUGGGCAUGCCCAAGCUAAUUUCUCUUUCUUCCCCCCCCCCCCCCCCCCGCCCUUUGUACGCGUGCAUCGCUAUGUUGCAAGCUGCGCUGAGUUUGACAUUAAAGAAAAGCGUGCCAUUUUUAUGCAAGGUAGAAUAGGAGACAAAACUGAAUAGGAGCACCACUACCCCUGCCAUGUGUCCAGUGCUGUUUUGUGUAGUGCAGACAUGAGUGCAGCUGAUUGUAUUUUUAGAAUGCAAUUUUGUAUUGUUGUGGAAGCGAUGUGUGUUAUAAGGAAAUUGUUGCGUUUACACACCAUGAAAGAAACUCUUCUUACUUUUUUUUUUUUACUAACAAACAGGAACAAAAGAAUGUGUAGGUGCCUUGCUGACUCUGGGUUAUUUGUAAGAAUGUUUUCAUCUUCAUAAUUGUGAGGAGUUUGAUGAAAUCAUGUAACUCAUGGCCUUACAUUUGCUAUGAUGGGAGGAAAGUUGCAUUGAGUUCUCAUACAUUGCUGGUGUUCGUUCGAUUUGUUCACUGGCUUGUUUCAUGUAUUUACACAUUCAUUAUUUUUUCCAUCAAGAAACAUGUGCAUUGUAAGUGCUCGCUAAACCGUCACCUUUUUCUCACAUGAAAUGCAUUUUUGUUUUUCUUAGUCCUUUGUACAUACGCUUCUCUCUUUUCUUUAUUUGAUGAGAUUUUCUGUCUCCUGUCUUUUUUUUUUUUUUUAAUUGAAUGUGACAGUGUGGCUUACGACAGUGUAAUCAUGCCUUAGCACAUGUCCUCGCGCCCUUUAUACAAGGUUGUGCAGCAGGAUCAUUCAUUCCUGUUUUUCGUGUAUCUUGUAAAAUUUUUGUAUGACAGUUUAUAUAUAAAUGAGAAAACAUCUUUUUAGGACAAGCCUUUGUAAGUCUGAUUCUACACUCAUUUUUCCAUUUGAACAUACAGAAUAAAGAUAAAUGUACAGUUGA